AUGUCGGAUACAGAGCUUCAGGAGCUCGUAGACUUUAUUGCCCAUCCGAACCCCCAGGUUCGCCUCGGCGCAAUCGAGGGUGCAGUUCCUUAUUCCUUGUCCCAUCCUUCGAUUUUCAAAGCCGAGAAUCUCCGCCACAUCCGCAACUUGAAGGUCCUCGUACGAGACCAUCCUAGGAUCGCGAAAAGCGCCUUGACAAUAUUAGUCAACCUUACCGGCGAUCAAGAUGUUCUCAAAGUCGUAGCGACAGAUGAUGAGUUCCUAGGACUUAUUUUGGAAAAGAUAGUGACCGCCGACGAGAGCAACGCGGACCUCAUAGCUAUGCUUCUCGCCAACCUCAGCAAAUGGGAUGGGAUGAAGGGCAUUCUGGACAAGAAACAAAAGGCGCCCGAGGCCCUCAACUCCAACGACCUCGUCAUGAAUCAACUCCUCGACCUCUUCGUUAAGGGCAUGGACGGCACCUACAACAAGAACGCCAACUUUGACUACCUAGCCUACGUUUUCGCGGACCUCGCCAAGCACACCGAGGUGCAGAAACACUUUGUCGAGCGACAGGAAUACGACGACGAGAUUCCCCUGACGAAGAUCAAGGUCUUUACCGAGCACAAGUCGCAUACUCGACGCAAGGGUGUUGCGAGCACCCUUAAGAACGUGGCGUUUGAGAUUUCCUCCCACCCUUCUUUCCUUGACGAAGACGCGAUGAAUAUUCUCCCCUACCUUUUGCUUCCCAUCGCUGGGAAUGAAGAAUACGAUGACGAUGACAUGUUGGAUAUGCUUCCCGACUUGCAGCUCCUACCGCCCGAUAAGCAGAGGGAUCCUGACCCCGAGAUUGUCUUGACCCACGUCGAGACACUGACCAUCCUCACGACAACGCGAUCCGGGAGGGACCUGAUGCGGCAAGUCAAGGUCUAUCCUCUAAUUCGAGAAACACACAUGCACGUUAAUCACGACGGUGUGAAAGAUGCGUGCGAGAGGCUGGUCAAUGUGCUGAUGAGGGAUGAGGCUGAGGACGAAGGUGCUGAUGAUGACGACAACGAACUUGUCGAAGUAUAA